AUUUAACUUCACCGGCUACUCAUCUACCUUCAACACCCAGCUUUAUCUCGUGAGCAGUUACAAUGCCACGUGGUAAAUCGUCCCGCCGUUCCCAGGCUGCAAAGCUACGCGUGGCUGGGACACGUGUGGGACAUCAGCAGCCUGGCAAUGCCAGUUUCGCACCCGCUGGCGGUACGGGUAACCGCCAUAGAGUGCAGAAAUGGCCAAUUUCGUCCCUGACAGGACGACAACACAAGAUGGUCAUACCAGCGGAGUCUCCAGACAAGGAAUUUGUCCUCCUUGUUGGAGCUUCACAUCUCCGUUCCAUCGUCGAUGGAAUUGUGAAGAUGCCAGAGGGAAGGUUUUCCUUUGGUGCCAUGUCCACACCGGGGGCAUGCGCAACCCAGCUGCGAACCGAGGCAGCCAAUGCUGUGCUGCCUAGGACACCAGAUGCAGUCUGUGUGAUGGCUCCGAGCAACAACCUAACAUCCAGUAGGACCAUCACCGAAGCAGGAGAGGACUUUGCGGAGCUCCUCGCCACUGCCCGCAGUCGCUGGCCCAACGUUUUUGCCAUGGACUUCCCCCCGCGCCUUACCGUUGACCCUGACUACCAAGACAUGAUGCGUCAGGAAUUUCGUCGUGUUGCGGCACGUAUGGGCGUGAAGUACACACCGCUUGCUGAGUACUUCCCUUUCAAAGAACUUGACCUGUGGAGCAGAGAUGGCGUGCACUUGAGUGACAGUGCGGGAAUGCCAAUCCUGGUCGGUUCUAUCUGGAACGCAACAUACAUGCAACUUGUUCCAGCCGAGCCGAAGCCAUCUCCUGUUGUCCACAGAAGAUCACCGCCUGCGAGGAGAGUCACUCCAAGGGUGAUUGUCAAAGGAGAGGUUGCCAAAUCACCGCAACUGGAUCCUUCCAAGUGGACCGUUUUCGGCCAGGGCAGGAAGAGGAGCCAACACGAUGAACCUGAGCAGUCCAUUGAUGCACUUAAAGAAGCAGGGACUGUUCAGCAGGAGGUAGGUCAACUUUGUAGUAUGCUUUGAAAUCAUUGGGGUAUGUUUAUUGCAGUUUAUAUGUGCAUUUCUUUUUCUAAAACAGUGUUUCUUCAUUUUUAUUUCACAGGAAGUGGAGGAGAGUUAUCUUCCACUGACACCUGUGUGGUUUAGCAGUGCAAUGUU